GUCAUUAACACCAGCCCGAAGGUUAACUCGGUAUAUAUAAAGCUAGCGGAGAUGACUGCUUUGCCAUCUAAACACCUAACCUCAACAACACGCUCUCUACCACUACAGCUAGAUUCAAGAGAUUGCAUAGCCUACCUCAACAUCCUCGUCACCAUUUACCAAUGCGUAUCGCUAGUACUGCCGCAUUUGCUCUCUUCGCUGGUACAGCUGCUGGCACCUGCCAACCUGGCCCCGGUGCUGACAAUGCUAUUGCAUCUCCUUCCAGCUACCAUACUGAAAGGCUCAGACGCAAUAUCCCUGAUUUCACUGGCAAAAUAGAGGCAGCCUCAGACCAGCGUGGCAAAGGGCCUAAUUCUGACUUGGGAGUCGACCUUGCCAACUCUUUGCUCCACCUUGGCCUUCAGCAAGCUCUCAACAAUGCCAACCAGCGCAGUUCAGCGUAUGUAGACCCUGGAAACGAUAAUUCCCACGACCAACGCAAACGCAAACGCAAACGCAAAAAGGGCGGCAAGGGCGGCAAGGGUGGCAAGGGUGGCAAGGGUGGCAAGGGUGGCAAGGGUGGCAAGGGUGGCAAGGGUGGCAAGGGUGGCAAGGGUGGCAAGGGUGGCAAGGGUGGCAAGGGUGGCAAGGGUGGCAAGGGUGGCAAGGGUGGCAAGGGUGGCAAGGGUGGCAAGGGUGGCAAGGGUGGCAAGGGUGGCAAGGGUGGCAAGGGUGGCAAGGGUGGCAAGGGUGGCAAGGGUGGCAAGGGUGGCAAGGGUGGCAAGGGUGGCAAGGGUGGCAAGGGUGGCAGUGGUGGCAAAAAACAACAGCGGUGGAAGGGAUCGCAAGAACCACAAGGAACUCAAGGAAUGGGGUAAAAAGUAUGGAUCCGAACUGGGAGUGGAUCUGGUCAAAAUGCUAGUUCAGUUUGGAAUUGACCAGGCUGGCACCAGUGGCAAGUAGCGUAUCAGGCAUGCAGAGGAACGACCCAUGGCUUUAGGAUCUCACGUCCUUAUAUCUAAUCACCCAAGUCGAGAAAUACAAUGGGCUGGUGGUUUAAAACAACAGUAUAAUGUCGCAUAAAAUGCAUCUUGUCA